GUCAGCAGCGGAAACGGCAGCAGCAGCAGCAGACAUGGCGUCCACAGCGGCGACCCGAACGGCGGCUGCUACUGCUAAAGUAGUUAAACCCAUUUUUAGCCGGGACUUGGAUGAGGCUAAGCGCAGGGUCCGGGAACUGUACCGGGCCUGGUACCGGGAGGUCCCGAACACAGUGGCAAUGUUCCAGCUGGACAUCACAACACGUCAGGGAAGAAGCAAAGUGAGGGAGAUGUUUGACAAAAACAAACACGUCACCGACCCUCGUGUGAUUGACAUGUUAGUCAUUAAGGGGAAAAUGGAACUUCAGGAAACAAUCCACGUCUGGAAGCAGAAGACCCACGUAAUGCGCUAUUUCCAGGAGUCCGAGGAGGCUCGUCCCACCGACUUCCUGUCCAAAUUCUACCACGGCCACGACCCGUGAACUGUGUGGCUUUCAGCUGACCUCUGACCCCUUUUUGCUUGUUUCCAGUGUGACCGAUGUUCCCCUUUAUUGUAAAUACACACUUAACACUCAAAAAAGCUGUGUCUUUUUCUUCGGUUUUACUGGGAGACAUUUUAAAGGUACAGUUCCAUUUAGAAACUCCCUUUAAAGGAAUAUUCUAGUAAACCUGUUGACCUGAGAUAAAUCCACACUUGGCUCGCACACUAUAUUUAUACUUUUUAAGAUGGUGUAGGAGACUACUGGUCAAGUGUUAUAUUUACCUGAAAGUGUAUUGUGUGUGUCAGUCUUGGACACAUAAGCAAAGUAUUACAUCUUAGUUUUAUUUUAUUUUUUUACAUACAGUGCAUCAAUGUAUAGAUUACCACCAAACACACUCUUUACUGACUUUGCCCCUAACUCACACCAAAUUCCACUGAUUAUGCUCCAUAUUUUACACGUGUCAUUCCCUUUAUUAAGACUUAAGCAGUGCAUGCAAACACAGUACAACACACGCAGGUUGCGGCCGCCCCGUCUUUGUCGGUACCGGCUAAAACCCUGAAUCCAGUGCUACAGAGGCGACUUGAAAACACAGCAGAAGGAACUUCACCAAGGCAUUCAUCUGCCCACAGACACUUGGCAGCAGUAGAGACACAGCGGGGUAAUCUGUGGAGAACAGAAGGAGUGAGUGGUGACUCUGUAGAACAUUUUAAGCUACUUUAUUCCAAAUACUAACAUGUAAUGUGUUCAGCAAAAGCUUCACCAGUCACAAAAGAAAAAUAUGCUCACAAGAGCAUUACAAACUCUUUCCCUGUCUACUGCUGCAUUCAGAGCGUGAGUAAGCUGUGCCUGGGAAAUAAAUAUAUGCCAAUUACUGGUGAUCAACAACAAUAGAUAAUCAAUAUAUCAAAGCAAUAUACAAUAAAUGUAAUGUUUGAUAUGGGAUAGCAGGGAACCUGUCAUUCAUAACUGUUUCUUCCAUAUUAAUGGUGAUUAUAACUGAAUAUGUAGAACAGAAAUAGUGAUUAAAUUAGAACACCUUCCUCUGUUUAUGUGGGAUCGACUAGCUUGAUCAGUUUGUCCUGCAGUUACACCACAGGCCUAAAGUUUGGAAGCAAGAUCAAGUUUGGACAAACAAGAUCAUAGUUUCAUUGGUAAUAAACAUGAUUAUUAUAUAAAGAGUCACUCAUCAGAAUACAUGUCGACGAUAAUUAUCA